AUGUCCAGCAAGAAGCUGAGAAGAACCCGUUUAGCUCAGGAGCUGUGUGACCAGCUCAAGCACCAUCAGAUCGUUCCCUGUCAGAGGUUUUCAUCAUUAUCCUUAUCAUUUCUCGAACCACCGGGGCAGAGUUACCAGAGGGUCCACGAGCUCCUCGACCUGGUCAGCGGGGCUUGUGCCCCCCAAAUGCAAACUGCUUAUGGAAUGAAGACGGAGAGAACUUCUGAUCUUUCUCCAGCGUUCUUCCCCACAACGCUUUCAAGCUUGGAUGAAGCCCUGCGUGGCGGGCUAGCCUGUGGGUCUCUCACCGCGGUCACAGGUCCGGCAGGUUGCGGCAAAACUCAGUUUUGUAUGAUGAUGCGUGUAUUAGCCACAUUACCGACCCACUUGGGAGGAUUAGAAGGCGCGGUAUACAUAUCGACAGAGUCAGCUUUCAGUGCUGAUAGGCUGGUUGAGAUUGCCGGAUCUCGUUUCCCCAGAUAUUUCAACACUGAAGAAAAACUGCUUCUAACGAGCAGUAAAAUCCACCUCCGUCCGGAGCUCACCUGUGAUGAAGUGCUAAAAAGGAUUGAGUCUUUGGAAGAAGAAAUCAUCUCAAAGAGAGUUACACUUGUGAUUAUCGAUUCCAUUGCUUCUGUGGUCAGAAAGGAGUUUGAUACACAGCUUCAAGGGAAUCUGAGAGAGAGAAGUAACUUUUUGGCGAGAGAAGCAUCAUUAUUGAAGUAUUUGGCUGAGGAAUUUUCAAUACCAGUAAGUCUGGACAAACGAGUAUUCAGGUAUACAUCCAAUCAUCAGCAGAACUCGGUGGCUUCAGACUCCACUGCGCAAUGA